GGGAGAGAGGUAUCUACUUACAGCUGCUGUCAGAUAUCCGAUCGCACUCGCAUGGCGAGGAGGUAAUCCGAUCAAGCUGGGAGGAGUGACUUUACCAGGGAAGGCUUGAACAAAAAAAUGUCUUCUUCUUCUGCCGGAGAAGUCACAGCAGCAAAUGACAUCAAGAGGGAAAAUGUGAAGGAGCUGGAUGAGCGCGAGUGCAUCAAGUUUGUGGCGCUGGACGCGGCGGAGUUGUCCAUGGAGCGCGCGACUCCCAGCGCGGACGCGGUGCGCACGGAGCUGUUGGUGAGCGCCGCUUCCUCUCUGGCUUUCUCCCCGGAGCAAGUGGCGUGCGUCUGCGAGGCUUUGCAGCAGGGAGGCAAUGUGGACCGGCUGGCCAGGUUCCUGUGGUCCCUGCCACAGAGUGACCUGCUGCGCGGCAACGAAAGCAUCCUGAAAGCCCAAGCCCUGGUCGCUUUCCACCAGGCGCGGUACCAGGAGCUGUACAGUAUACUGGAGAACCACAGCUUCAGUCCGUCCAACCACACCUUUCUGCAGGAUCUGUGGUACAAGGCCCGAUACACUGAGGCGGAGAAGGCGCGGGGGAGACCACUGGGCGCCGUGGACAAAUACCGGAUCCGGAGAAAAUACCCUCUCCCCAGGACUAUCUGGGACGGCGAGGAGACUGUGUAUUGUUUCAAGGAGAGGUCUCGGAACGCGCUGAAGGAUCUGUAUAAUCAGAAUAGGUACCCAUCUCCUGCCGAGAAAAGAAACCUCGCCAAGAUUACAGGACUCUCCUUGACCCAGGUCAGCAACUGGUUCAAAAACAGGAGACAGAGAGACAGAAACCCUUCCGAGGCACAAUCAAAAAGUGAAUCAGAUGGAAACCACAGCACAGAGGAUGAGUCUAGUAAAGGCCAGGAGGAGCUGUCACCACGGCCCCUCUCGAACUCCUCGGAUGGGUUAAUGCCCCAUGGGAUUCAAACUGGGCCUCUGGACAGUGGGGUGGUCAUCCAACAGAUUGGGGACAUCAAGAUGCCCCCUGGAUCCAACAGCGGCGGCCUCUACAACGGAAGUCUAGUGACAAGCAACACCUCCUCCACCAUGUUUCACAACGGUGGCUCGUCUUACCUCCACACGCCUGGGAACAUCCUGUUCAACGGGCUCAAUUUGGGCAUCCAGCCCUUGGCCUUCAACCCCCUGAGGUCGUCUGGAGGGGUUUUGCUGGGGGGCACUGGGGUGGACAUGCAGAUGCAGGAGAAGGGACUGGGUAGUUCUCCUGAGGACUCCGGCCUGCAGUACACCUCCUACUCCGGCUGUGUGAAUGGAGCGGAGGUGAAGCUGGAGGGGACUCACUCCUCCAUGGCUGCCCAGAACGGAGGCUCCUCCGUGCUGGCGUUCAGCUCGCCGUCAGGCGCGCUGCAGCUGGGUGGCUACAGUCUGGUCCACGUCCCCAGUGGAGUGUCGGACAGCGACAGCGGCUCGUUACUCAACAGCGAUGUCGGUCUGCCAACCUUGCAGCUCUCUGCGUCAUCUGCCUCGACCAUCUCACAACAAGGUCCUUUACCUCUGGACAACGUCGCCGUGAGUUCCUCCAGCGACGACUCCUUCCAGCAGCAGGACAAGCUGACCAUGACGUCUCUGCACCACAGCACCGUCCUCUACAGCUUGAGCAACGCCGGCCAGCCGUCCAUCAAGAAGGAGCCGCUGGAGGGAGGCGUCUACUCCUCCUAUCACCACGGCCUUCACUUGGACCCCAAUGGUCAGCUCAGCUACACCACUCCUAACUCUGAAGAGGCUCCGUCCAGCCGAGGUCCAACCUCGACCACGGAGGUCUCCGCUGUCGCCGCGUCUAGCCCCGAGCCGGAGGUCUACACCACCCUCACCAUCAGCACGCCGCUGAUGGCCCAGACGGACGCAAGAAGCCACCACCUCCAGCCCGCGGAGUACCUCGGGGGCCACGAGGUCCGAGGGCCCUCGCACCUGAUGGGCCCCGGCAUGAACAGCAACUUCAUGAACCUUUCAGACAACAAAGUUGACGGCUCCGGCUCAGGCAGCAUGAAUGAGAUGGUGCGGGCGAUGUGUGGGGAGAUGGAGGCUGUGGAAGGCAAGGAGCUAGCCAAACUACAGACAGUGCAAAUGGACGAGGACAUGGCUGACCUGUGACCUCAAGAAGAACUUGUGUCCUCCCCAGCAGUGACAUGGUGAAUCUUUUUACCCUCGUGUGAGCGUGUGUUGUUGGGUUUUUUUUUUUAUUAUUAUUUUUUCAUUUCC